AUGGCUGCUGCCCAUUCCGGAGGUGUUGAGUGGGCUGCAAUUUUAAAGCCUUUUCUUUCGUCAUCAAGUGAAAAUAUCAGCAAAACCGAUGUGUUAAACUUGAUCAAAACCAUAAUACAAAAUGAAAAUGAAAUCCUCGAGCACGAUGCCGCAUACAAGCAGUUUUUCGACAAUUUCGUUGUGCUGGCUGCAGAGAACAUCACUAGCCAGGUCACCUCAUUGUCGCAAACACAACUUCAACAGUUUACGGAAGCUGCUUCAAUAUUAAUUCGUUACAUAAUUCUACAUUUGGAUACGACUGCACCAUGCAAACCCAGCAUUCUGUUGAUGGCCCUAAAGAUUCUUUGCGAAGGGAAAAGGGCGAACGAAAAUCAGCCGAAUGCUACCAGCUCGGCUUCGUCAAUCAUUUCAGUGUCUGGGAUGAAGUACUUAAAGUAUCCUGAGAUUCCGGGAAAUAAACCGGCUUCGGUCGGAGCCCCAAGUAGCAGCGGCAGUGGUGGCUCGGCCGCUGGCACAAGCGAUAAGGAAAGUCCCAAAACGGAAAUGAAACGUUCGCGAUCGGAUUUGUCGACGGUGAUCUUACAACAGCUAACGACUCCAUUGUGCAGCUGGGCUGUAACUUUUGCUGCACUCAGUGAAGAACAAAUUGACUGCACGGAUUUGUUCGUGAAGCAAAAUCUACAAUGCAUGAAUGCAAUCAAUGCUGGAGAAUCGUUACUCAAAUGGUGUUCGACGGCGUUAGGUACGUUGGCCAAGUAUCGCUUCAAGUACGAAGAGUACACCAUGCUGGGCCGUCCGCUUUACCUACCGGUUACAAAUACUGAGGCGAAUGCUAUCAAAAACAUUUUCAAUUUGAUGGAGUCCGACAUAACAAAUUUGCAAUUAGCGAUCUCUCUACCUCUUCUGGAGCCGCUAACCCCCAAGAAAAUCUCGCUCCUGUCGCAGUGUGCCAUGUCUGCACUUUACUGUUGCGUACUUACAUCCACCGCUGUGAGUGUUAUUACUAUGGCAUCUGCUGGAUCGCAGAAAACCGCUUCCUCUGGUCAAUUACAGCAAGCGCAAGGACAAACAGGAGGAACGCAAACACAAAAGGAAAGCGAAGAGGAAGAAGACUUCGCCCGAACGAUUGUGGACAAAGGAUUGGAAAUUUUUACGAAAAUUGGCAACAUGCUCAAAACGUCCACACGUACCCACAUUUACCAGAACCACAUGUGUAUGGGUGCAUGGUUAUUGAUAUCUGGCAUCCAAGGUACGAUGGGUGCCUCCGGAAAUACCAGCGGACUGCAACAGAUGGUGCCCAUUUCAGCGAAAACAUCGGAAGAAAGUUUGAAGGGACGCAGUCCUCUAAAAACGCUUGAUGUACCGCAAAUGGCAUCAGCGCAACCGUCACCAGCAUUGCGCGUGAAUCUGUUCAAAGUUCAGCAAGGAUUUGGCGUGUUGAAUGCGGCUAUUGCUCGUCACAGUAUCACCUUGAUGACGGAGCUGAUCGAUGAUCUGAAGAUAGACUCCCGUACUGAUGAUGAUGAAUACAGUAGCAUCGAAUCGGCCGGAUUUGAUAUUCUGGGACAGUACACGUCGAUUCAGCGUGUGGUACGUGUGCUUAACAGUGCCACGCUGCAACAGCUGCUCACAUUCCUUGCUACAGUAUCCUAUCGCAAAGCAUGUACCCUUCGCAGAAUUAACACCAAAAACACAAACGAUGGAGAACCGAUGAGCUACAGUGAUUCGACGACAUACUUUAAUGAUACGUUCUCCUGUUCGGAGGAGAGCGAACCGGAAGAAGAGGACAGCGAUAGCUACCUUGGACUUUGGUUCAAGGAAACGCUUUCUCCGGAUAUGAAUGAGGAGAUGACCGAAUCGCAAGAACAGGAAAAUAAGGAUGAUAAAGGUCGUCACGGUAGCAAUCUUGUGCCGGCUAAGGAUGAACCUCACGAAUAUCUUAAUCUGGCCUCCUUAAUUUUCAACUUCUUCGAUGUUUCGCUCGGUGGAAGCCACAUCUACCUGAGUCGUUACGUGAAGACAGGUCUCAGCGAACAACAGAUGGUACUGUUAGCCAACAUCUUGCGCGAUCUUGAUCGGGAUUCGGCUCGCGGCGAAACUGAUAUACCCGGUUGCAUGCAGUGGCAAAACGCCAUGGUGAAGUUUUCUGGGGCCGUUGGACGUUAUUUGCACAAUCUAAUAUCAAACUCGCUGCUGAAUGAAUCGCUGCAGUCUGCCCUGCUGCUGCAUUUGGGAGUAUCACCAUGGACACAGGAUGCAAACAUUUGGCCACUCCAGGUAUAUUCACGAACACUUGCUGUGCUGGUUCAAAUUCUUUUGCUGAAACCGUCACAGGAAAAAGAAGCAGCGUGUCUGUCUGUGUGGCAUCGUCUUGUGAACACGAUCGUGGAAGGCAUUUGUUCCACCCAAACCAUCCCUAAUGAAUCAGAGAUAGAAGAUCUCAACGUGGAGCAUGCUCAGCUGCUGCUGUUUCUGUUCCAUUCACUCAACCUGAUGCAAAAGAAAUCUAUACUUCUGCUUACGGCAGGGGGAGUCAUACGCUGCUCGGAGGUAUGUCGCAGUGUCACACCCGAUAAACCGUUGAGAGAUCACCAGAUCAUGCUGCUGUCCCGGUUGCUGCUAUUCCUGGAGUAUCUGAUGAAACACCUGUACAAUCCACCAAACGUUUUACUGGAGCAAGUGCGCUGGAACUUGUUCAGUGUGUUUACGCUGGAUAGUGAACAAAAAUUGGCUGAUUUGGUAAACUACAAAACGAAAAUGAUGUCAUUCUGUCGAAAGGACAUAGAAGACAAGCACCGUAAGCUGGCAAACGAGUUUAGUGUUGGUGGCGUGAAACCCAAGUUCUACUCGCUGACUACAGUCGAAUCGAAGGUGCAGCAAGAGUUUAAGCUCGACGGUUUGGCCUGGAAUUUUAUUCUUUGCACCCCCGACAAGCUAAAGUACCCGUGGCUUAUUGAUGCUUUAAUUGAUAUCCUGGGCAUAACGGACAUGUGCCUUGCACGUAUCCCUUUUCAAACUUUGUGCGCUGUGCAUUAUUGUUUCAGUCUUAGCUGGAAGUUAUUGCUUGGUUUGCCACCGUCUACGCAGCACGUGGAAGCACUGAUGCAGGAAAAGAGUCCAAAUCUACAUUCUUUGUUGUGGUCUAUUCGUUGCCUGCAUCCAAUAACCCAUUCGCAUUAUCUAAUUGUGAACAGUCUCGUUAAACAGGGUAUGUAUACUCAGUCAGCGGAGGCAAUGUGGAUCCGGCUAACGGAAUAUGUUUCCGAUGUGAAGUACAGUUUGAAAAUGACCUUGCUCGGACUGGAAUCCUUUGCGAAGAGCUUUACGCCAGAUCAACCAAGAUUGUCAAAGAUUAUACUGCUAGACAGUCUUAUGUCGCAUCUGUUUGCUGUUUGUUGGGCAGAAAAAGAGGGUGUUAAUGUGAAAGCUGCCAAAACCAAUAGUAAUACGGUCGCAUCAUCUGCAACAUCAUCUGCCACAGCUAGUAAUACCUCAACGGCAAACGCUGGCUCAUCGCCGGUGGUCACCAACGAAAGUAAUGCUAGCGGAGCAAGUUCUACGACAGUAUCGGGAGCUGCAAACAUUGUUGCGUCUGGCCCAUCAGCUAGUACAUCUUCAUCCGAUGGGUCGCCGUGUGUUAUCUCGGCAGAAGUCUCUCGGGCCGAUUUGACAAAGAACAUAAUGCACGCUUUACUGGACGUAUUGGAAAUAGUUCGCGAAUCAACCUACAAAACUAUGUUCCAGAAUUUGAGUGGCCAAAUACCGUCCUGUUUGAUUGAACCACUGAUUGCCAUUGCGGGCACAAAGAAUUCGUUUUGUUCGGAACUUGCUCAACAGCUGGUUAGUUGUAUCACUGGUCACGAUAAAGAUGUAAUAGCUGUUGAAUGGCGCAAGAGUUUGAGUACGUUGACCGAAGAAAAUUUCAUCAGUGGAUCAUUUCCGGUGGAAUUGCACACCCUGACGGUGAUCGAAGCACACCUGACGGAGGUCUCCAAACAUCUGUCGUACUCCAUACUGUUGUCUCUGAAGAACGCUCUCAAAUCGGCGGUCAAUCUCAUAUACUACAUGCUUCCGAACUAUGACGAUAUCAAGUUGGACGAACGUUUGAAGGAAAUCCUGAUCCCAAUGGUGUUCGAUUUGCGUGCAGAAUACUUGCACGGGCCGAUCAACAAAUGCUUGGAGUCGUUACUGGGUGGAGAUAGCAAUUGCGAAGCAUAUCAGCUGGCCGCGUUCUCAAACAUCAUCAAGCACAGCUACCAAUUUCUUAUCGAAUAUACCGACCUGUGUGCUACAGGCUGUGCCACGAAUAUCGAUGAAUCGGUACUCUGCAACAUUCUCAAGUAUUGGGAAUUGAUGUUAGAAAAAUCGAACGGAUUGCGGGCAAUGCGCAACUUUUUCUACGAGUCAAAGUCCGGUAAUCUGGUGCAAAUAUUGCUAUCCUUCACUGGCACCAAUAUUUCGCAGGCUUACUCCACACGCGUACUUCAGUUCUUUGAGAAGCUGUUUCAAGCCGCGGAAAAACUUGAUGCGCCUUUCGAUGAGGAGGAGCUAUGUUCAUGUAUCGCAGAGCUGGCAGUUACCGAUAGUACACGUUUGAAGAGUUGGUUAAGUCAUAUUCUACUUGGUCCUGGAGGAAUCAGUGUAACGCCAAACGCAUCCAAUAAUUCGAGCAAUGUACCAACUCCGACAAAUAUGGCAACAGUAUCGGCAAUUCCGAGCAUUACUGACCAACUGGUGGGGUCAGCAACAGCAGCAGGUGGCGUAGAACCCGGUUUAUCUGAAAGCAACACUACAGCUGCAAAUGCACCCACCACUACCGAGGGUGAGCAGCAGGACGCCAUGGAUAUCGAUUAUGAAUGCAUGACUAAGGGCAGUGGAUGGCAGGCAGCAGCAACGAGCUGUGGAAAGGUCGCUAUUGAAGAUGCAUCAGGCGAAACAUUGGAACGCAACGGCAAGCUGCUCCAGUCACUUGUUAAAUACAUAGUUGCGGAGAAUCGUAUUUCCUCGUCAGUAUCGGAAGCCCUAUUUCAAGCCCUAAUUCAAAUCGGUCACAACCUUCUUUCGCCGACGCAGGAAGCAAUAGAGUUUUCUGACCUCUUGCAGGUGAUGAUCACCCUUGCGGAUGCUGGUAAAGGCCGUGGUCAUGGUAUACUGUUUUCCGCUGCCAUCGAUUGGUUGGAUGUAUGCCGGGCGCAAGUUUUGGAUGCAGGAAAAGCCGGAUCAAGUGGAUGGAGGGCAGCAAUUCAGCUCGAUAAUGUGACCGCUAUUCUGAAGUACAUGAGCGAUCUUCUGAUGGGACUGGGCGCUAAGGGCAGCCGUGUACUGAAUCCACCUUGGGACGAAGAGUCGCUGCUGGAUGCGGAUGACAUUUUGGAAGAGCUUGGAGGGGAAGAGGAAGAUAGCACAGUCGACGACUCCGAUGAGGACAGUCUCGGCAAUAAGCUCUGUACCUUCUCUAUUACACAAAAGGAUUUUAUGAACCAGCAUUGGUACUAUUGUCACACGUGCAAAAUGGUGGACGGUGUGGGCGUAUGUUCGGUGUGUGCAAGAGUUUGUCACAAAAAUCAUGACAUCAGUUAUGCAAAGUACGGUAAUUUCUUUUGCGAUUGUGGCGCUAAAGAAGAUGGUUCGUGCCAAGCGCUAAGCCGACGCAGUAAUUCUGGGCAUACAGAGGAUUCAAUAUUGGGUCCAUCAUCGGCUGCUUCCAUCUUGCCACGUUCCAAUGAUGCUGAAAGCGUUUUGCUAGCAAGCAGCUUAAUGAGACGACGACAUCCUACCAGUCCUUCGCAUGAAGGCCCCAGUUCAAGCCGUGCAGCACAAGGACAAACUUCGGAGAAAGAGCAACAAUUGGCAAAAAUCAUUGAAACUUCGCGUGAAGCAUUGAACAAUCCCAGUCAAUGGAAAUCCGUGAUUCGUUGCAUUCUUGUGUUCUUCAAUUCACUAAUGCCUACAGUCAAAGAGCAUUGUGCAAGAUAUUCUCCCGUGGGCUGUUACUGGCGGGCUAAGAAUGCACUGGAGCGUCUGCAUCGUCCGGAGAAAUCGUAUGUAUUGAGCGACGACAUCAUGAUUGCUACGCUUGGUUCUCAGGAAGGUGCGUUCGAAAAUGUACGCAUGAACUAUUCUGGUGAACAAGGUCAAACAAUUAAACAGCUGCUCUCAACGUAUCUCGUGCGUCGGGUGGCAUUGUGUUGCCUGGCUUCUCCUCAUGGUAAGCGCCAGCAAUUAGCCAUCUCACACGAGAAAGGAAAAGUUACGAUUCUACAAUUAUCGGCCCUAUUGAAGCAAGCAGAUGCGGCAAAACGCAAGCUUACGCUUACCAGACUCGCAUCGGCUCCAGUGCCGUGUACCGUACUUUCGCUCGCAUCAAACCCGGCUAACGAAGAUUUUCUAGCUGUGUGUGGUCUGAAGGAGUGUCACAUACUUACAUUCACCAGCACGGGUACUGCAAACGAUCACAUCGUAUUAACUCCUCAGCUUGACACAGGAAAUUUCAUUAAGCGAGCCAUCUGGCUACCAUCUUCGCAGACCAAAUUAGCCCUUGUCACGGCUGAUUUUGUAAAAAUCUACGAUUUGGCUGAUGACAGCUAUAGCCCGCAGUACUACUUCCUGGUGCCUAGCGGCAAGAUUCGCGAUUGCACAUUUGUUUACGAUCAAGAGGGUACGUACUACAUGCUGAUAAUGUCUUCAUUGGGCUACAUCUAUACCCAACCGCUUAGCGAUGAAAGCCUGGCAAAGCAUGGUCCUUUCUACGUAACAAGUACGCUAGAACUUGACCAUCCACUGAUCACAGACGACAACGGACAGAUUCUGGCAGGAGGUGUAUCGAUAUACUAUUCUCACGUCCUGCAGCUGUUGUUCUUCAGUUAUGCCGCGGGUCGCAACUUUAUGGCUCCGCUCACGAACGUUAAUGAUGGUGUCAAGUGUGUCAUCAACCUAGUAUGCAAUCCCAGCUCCAAAUUGUUAUCGAAAUCAACAACACAACCACUCUGUCAGUGGACCGAAAUUCCCGGUCAUCCGGGUUUGGUAUGCGCAAUGAUGCAGAGCCUUAACAAUCCUGUCAUCUUCAUGAUCAAACCAGACGGAUAUAUGGCCCAGGAAAUCAAGGCACAGAAUGCAAAGGCAAAAAUAAUGGAUAUGGUCGCCAUCCGACACAGCGUGUCUGGUGUAGAAAAAACAACACUGAUUUUGCUUUGCGAAGAUGGCAGUUUGAGGAUUUAUGCUGCUCAUCCAGAGAAUACCGGCUACUGGUUGUCUCCAGAAGUGCAACCAAUCGGACAUCAGCAAUCGUUCGGCUGGUUUGGAUCAGGCGGAAGUAUGUAUGGCAAAUCUGCACGAAAAUCGAAAAAGAUGGGAAAACAAUCUGGCCACGGGGUGAACGCUACUGCGUCAACCACCGGGAAGGGGGUUGCGGGGUCCGCUCCUAAUUUCCCGAUUGAUUUCUUCGAACAUUGCACGCUGAUGAAUGAAGUAGAAUAUGGUGGAAACGAUUUGCUGCAAAUCUACAAUACACAGCACCUGAAACAUCGUUUAAACUCUACCGGACUGUACGUGACAUCAACUAAAGCCAACGGAUUCAUGCUGGAAGUCUCAAAUAAUGAUCCGAAUAUGGUCAUAACAGGUGUUCGCAUACAAAUUGGAUCACAGGACGUUACUAAAGCACCGCAGCGUGUAACCAUAUUGGGUCGAUCAGUAACCACCGUAGCUACAAGAGCCCGGUGGUUUGAUAUACCAUUAACAAGAGAGGAAAGCCUGCAAAGUGACAAGAAGCUUACCAUUCACUUUGGACCUUCGGUGGAUGCCGAACAAAUCACGAUACUUGACAGUAUCAAGAUUUACGGAAAAACUAAAGAUGUAUUCGGUUGGCCGGAGGAAACGGAAGAUGCGGCUGGAGGACAAUUAACAAAUGGUAGUUCCGGAAACAAUGGGCAGACGGCGGUAGCAAAUGGAAAUGGUGGCAAUGAGGGCACUUCUAACGAUGAAAAUGAUGUAGGAGCGAUGUAUAUGACUUCGUUGGAUCGUAUGCUUUCCAGUAUGCUGCACGUGCUAGACAGUGGUAUAUCCUUGCUAGGUGGACCAAAUUGUGAUGACAACUACCGCCAAACAGCUAUCGAUGUAGCCACAAAUCUAAUCCUCUUCCCGACCGUAAAUGUCGUACAGCAGGACGCACGCAACGUACUCAUGACAUGCCACGCCAACAAGGCGGCUUACCACACGUACAAAGAUAAGGAAAUAUUGAACGAUAUACAUCGGCAGUUGAAAAAAAUGUACGAAUCAACCGAGAGUGGAGAUAUUGAUCCUGAAGCCUUUUAUCGAGUAGUGUUGAUGAUGCGCAGUAUCGCAAUUCAAAGACCGCAAGCUAUGGCAAAGAUAUGCGCCGAACAACAGAUGGACAUUCUUUCACUCAUGAUGAUCCUCAUGAAAGAACUGUACCGUAUAACACCAGCCUACGAAGAACCGAUCGCGAUCGUUAAACGCGGACUGUGCCAUGUGGAAGCAGUCAUUUACUCGCUGGUGGAAAUCAUUUACGCAUUCGCUUUGGCCGACAGCGAACAGGUGGAGAAAAUGGCGAAACUUUUCGUUCGGCUAUUGCUUGAUUCGGCUCCAAUCAUAAGCCAUAGUGCGAAACUAGCGAUGAUUCGUUUAUUGCGGCCAAAAGUCAAGCGCCGAAAGGUGGUGCUAAUCGAAAGUCCUCCGGUCUGUUCCACGCCUACACCCUCCACAUCAGGGGUUGCAACAUCCACUGCGGGACCGUCAACAUCGACCAUAUCAAUCGGAUCGGCCUCAUCCGGACCUGCUGGACCUUCUACUUCAUCGGGAAGCAUUGCUACGGCUAACGAUGAAUUUGUAACAGCAGCUGCUGCGGCCGCCGUCGGUGGAAUGCAGGAGGUUGACGCAAUAGAAUCGCUGGGAUUAGAACCGAGUGCUGGAAACCAGGCCCUUGCUUCGCUUGAGGCUCUAUUGGGUGUUGGUUUUCCCCAUUUGCUCGAGACACAUGAUGCGGACGAUGAUACUAUAAUGGAGAUAGCGAUUGCACUUAGCCUGCAAGAUAAUGAAGCUGAUCUGCAACUUUUGCAACAGAGCAUCGCUAAUUAUCAAGGAAGAAAUAGGAACCCAGCUGCACAAAGCCUGGCUGCAGCCAUUGCCGGCGGUUCAUCAUUUAACGUCGAAUCCAACGCGUCGGGAGGUGGCUCGGAUGAUGAUGAAAUUUCCAACGUUGCCACCGAAGGAUCGACUCUCCGAACAUCUCCUGCAGGUGAACAUGCUGGUAGUGGUAGUGGUGGAUCCGAGAGUGGUUGUAGUGGUGUCGAAAGUAUCGGUGGUACUUCAGGACGCAGUUCAACGUACGAAGAGCAACCGAAUCCUUCGCCACCGCGCACUUCUGUAGUCGACCAAAUGAGCUCGCAAUCGGUCGGUACUACAGCAACAGCAGCACACCCAUCUGCUGCAGAAGCCGAAGCGUCCGACUCUAACGGAGAAACUGCAAACAAAUUGCACGUGCUGCGAUACUCCAUCUUGAAUCAACUGGUGGACAACUUUUCCGCCCUAGACACAGUAAAUGGCGCACAGUGCAUACCGUUUAUGCAGGUUAUCCUAAUGCUUACCUCUGAUCUGGAUGGCACCCAGGAACCGGAUCAGCAAGCUUUGAACCGUUUACUGCAAGCAUUAAUCGACCGACUAGAAAUUCCAACUACGAAAAUUUACCAGAUGGCUGAAAGAACGGCAAGAACAGAAGUACAGCUUCUCAUUCUACGCCUGAUUGGUGUGUUAAUGGGAAAAGUGAAGUCAAAAUCAUCAUCGUCAUCCUCCUCUGCCAACACUACGGCGGCCACUAGCUCGAGCGCGGAUAGGUCGGGUGUGAACCAACCCUUAGGGGGGGAUAACGCAUCAUUUUUGGCUCAAAGCACUGCUAACGCGCUGAUGAAAAACAAUGCUAUCCCGUAUUGUCUCCUGAUAAUGGAAUCCUUUUUGCCCCAUUGGAAAACCUCCGGUGCAUCAUCAGUCGACGAGUUGGCUUCACCGGCAACAAGUGCAACCACCGCUAAUGCUUCAGCGAAUGCAGCUUCCUCCAGUGGUGGCGGAGUGUCUAAUGCGACGUCAAAUAAUAACGGUCCGGUAAUAACAGCACCGGGAGGCACUCCAUCGAACGUUCUACUGAAACCGACACAAUAUGGAAUAAUACCCGAUACGCAACCGUUUUUUGCGAGACCCAUCCCGAAAGGGUCAGGUGAUGUGUUUGAGUUGUACUCACAGGUGCUUACCGAGAUGGCGGUUCGAUUGCCGUAUCAAAUACUGAAACUUUCCUCGGGCCAUCCGUCAUCUCAAGAGUGGAACCAUUCGUUGUGCGAGUACAUGACCGCUAUUCUCUGUGAGUAUAUGAUGUACAUGCAGUCACCAGUUUUACGUCGACAAGUUCGCAAACUGUUGUUGUACAUCUGCGGCAGCAAGGAAAAGUAUCGGCAGUUGCGCGAUCUCCACUCGCUUGAUACGCAUAUGAAGGCAGUAAAGAAAUGCUGUGAGCUUAAUUGUGCUCAAGCCGCAUCAUCUUCAUCACUAACGAAUGGUGGCCAUUCGAGCAUUCUCGGUUACGACUCGUUAGUCGAACUGACGGAGCAUUUCCGCGCGUGUCAGGAGAUUGCAUCUAUUCGCACCGGAAACUGGCAAAAGUUCUGCGUCCGUAAUGCUGACAUACUAUCUUCACUGUUGAAUAUCAGUACCUACCAGCUUGAAGAAGGUGUUUCGACGAUUAUUUUACAACUUCUGCAAUCGGCUAUAUGCUGCAACACUUCAUCACAGAUGCAACCAUCAAAAGCAUCAUCAUCGUCUGGCGUGACGGUGGAUCCACAAUUGAAAGUGUCGGUCAUUGUAAAGGAUCGGAAAGAUCGCGACAAAUCGGAAGAAUCGGACACGAUUUCAGCGCAGUCAGAAUCUAAAUUCGAUGCGGGACAAUGUGUAGCGCUAGUGGCUCAAAUUUUCAAUCAGAUCAGUCCAGCUAGUAUGAGCAAAUUCAUCCGUAGCUUCCUGCUCGAAACGAACUCAACGUCGAUUCGCUGGCAAGCUCACAGCCUCGUGUAUGCAUUCUACGACAACUGCAGCGACAUCAAUAAGGAAACGCUGCUCCAGUGUCUCUGGAGUUUGUGGCCAUUGCUACCGGCUUACGGAAAGCGCACUGCGCAGUUUGUCGAUUUACUUGGUUUCCUCACGCUCAACACACGUUCGCUGAUAGACAAGCUACCGGACUACACUGCACAGGCGGUAUCAGUGCUGAGGCAGCAGAACGAGCUGCUCUCCAAACACCCGAAUGCCCCUAUCUACACCGCUUUGGGGCAAGUGUUGGAACUCGAAGGUUUCUAUCUCGAAUCGGAACCAUGUCUUGUUUGCAAUAAUCCGGAGGUUCCAUUUUCUAAUAUCAAACUGUCAACCAUAAAGGUGGACUCCAAGUUUACCACCACUACAACGAUCGUGAAGCUCGUGCAAAGUCAUACGAUCUCGAAGAUAGUGCUACGCAUCGCUGAUCUAAAGCGGGCCAAAAUGGUGCGUACAAUCAAUAUCUACUACAACAAUCGUACUGUGCAGGCAGUGGUGGAGCUGAAGAAUCGCCCACUGAUGUGGCACAAAGCUCGCAAGGUGACGCUACAGUCUGGACAAACGGACGUGAAAAUCGACUUCUCGCUCCCAAUAACAGCGUGCAAUUUGAUGAUCGAGUACGCUGAUUUUUAUGAAACAGUAAGUGGAUCCAGCGAAAGUCUGCAGUGUCCCCGUUGCAGUGCGGUGGUACCGGCGAAUCCAGGCGUGUGUGGUAACUGCGGCGAAAAUGUGUUCCAGUGUCACAAAUGUCGCGCCAUCAACUACGAUGAGAAAGAUCCGUUCCUGUGUCAUUCGUGCGGCUUCUGCAAAUAUGCGAAAUUUGAUUACAGUAUCUAUGGUCGAGCGUGUUGCGCGGUGGAUCCGAUCGAAUCGGCCGAGGAUCGGACAAAAACGGUGCAAACAAUCCACACAUCGCUGGAAAAAGCGGACCGUUCCUACAAAUCGCUGCAAAACAAUAAGCAAAUUUUGGAGCUGCUUGUUCAGAAAGUGUCCGAACAUAAGCUCGAUCGUACACUCGAUGAAACUAUCGUGGGAGCUUCGGUUAUCGGUGGAGCAGGAGGAACUUCACAGGUUAACAAAGUAAUACAGCUGCUGGCCCAAAAGUACUGUGUGGAAUCCAAAACCACCUUUGAAGACCUGAGCAAGAUCAUCCAAAAAGUGCAGGCAUGUAGGAAGGAGUUGGUAGCAUACGAUCGAAGCCAAAUGGAUGCACCUCCACCUGGGGCUGGUUCUAUGUCAACGAGCUUUGCCUCCAGCACUGGAAUAUCGUCCAGGACAGGGACGGUUGCGUUGAAUAAGUGCUACGGUUGUGCCCUAGCAUCCACCGAACAAUGUCUCACGUUGUUACGGGCUAUGGCGUCUAAUAUGGCUUGCAGAGUUGGUUUGUGCAGUCAAGGUUUGGUGCAAGAGCUGGCAGUGAAUAAUUUACGCCGUGGAACACAUCAGCUGCAGGACGAGGUGCGUCAUUUGCUGUGUUUAUUAACACGUGACCUUCCCGAUGCAACAGGAGCGCUGUGUCAAUUGUUGCAAGAUCGAGUUAAGAUGGCACUUUCCGGUACUGUUCCGCUGUCAACGUUAGAUUCGGCUGUUCGGCACGAAAUGGCACUACUGGAGGCGAUGACAAGCCAGGACGAUAGCUGCUGGGAAACGAAGUUGCGCACUGUUAUCGAACUGUUCCUACAGGCCUCACGUGAUGCACGAGGUCCAGCGACUGCUGUCAUUCAUCCGUGUUUGCGAAUUGUGCAAUCACUCAUCUGUCCGCCGCCGAUACUUGCAACAACGAUUUCCACUGGAAGCAAGCAGCACGGUAAAGAACCAAUUGCAACCACGUUGCAAGAUUUGUGCACAGUACAGCCAGUCGAAGGGAUUACUGUCAGUUACGAAAAGUGGAUAGCAGGAGACGCAAAUCAUUCGUUUGCUGCCUGGAAAGCUCGAAUGCCUCCAGCAGCUAAUGCGAGCGCUGCAGUGGGCUCCAAUCGUCGUAUAAUGGGCGAAAGUUCAUCGGUUUCUAUGAACACUGCGGCAGUAACUCCACCUCCAAUCGGAACUGGAUUCCGAUCAGCGCUGGAACAUCGGCGAGCUACUAUACGAAAUGCGUAUCUGGUGGAAAAGUACGCAAAACGAUGGCGGCAAAAGGUUUUGGUUAAAGGAGUUUCAUCGAUUCCCGUGGAGCUACAAGCGGCUUGGCUGCAACCUAUCCUCUUUAAUACCAAUUCGCGUCUCGGACGGCAGUUAGCCUGUGCUCUCAUUACAUCGCUUAGUCGCACAAACGAACGCAAGCGAGAACUCCUUGAUCUGCUUACUAGUUUUCUACGCUACGUCGGUGAUAGUGGAGAAGCGAGUGCUGAAUUUUUGGCUCUUUACCGUAUGCUAGCGGAUGAAACGCCCUGGCGACAAUAUCUUGCGCUGAAGGGUGUCCUAACACUGCUCGUUCAACUGGUGACUGUGGAAAUUGAGAAGAUCCAUUGCCUCGAAGAAACGACGCUUUCAACCGAUCUAGCUCAAGGAUAUGCAUUACGGCAGUUGGUGGAGCUUAUGGCGCUUUUCUUAGAAAAUCCGCAAAUUCGGAAAGCGUAUAAGGGCAAACUGUUGGGGCCGGUGCUUCAGGGCUAUCUCGACCUUCGCAAGCUGAUUGUACAACGCACUCGUUUAAUCGAUGAUGCGCAAGAGAAGCUGCUAGAAAUGCUGGAGGAAAUGACUACGGGGACGGAAGAAGAAACGGCCGCAUUUAUGGCGGUUUGCAUUGACACGGUGCGGCGUACACCAACCACGGACGUAAAAACACCGGUCUUCAUGUUCGAACGUUUGUGCUCCAUAAUCCAUCCAGAAGAAAACGAUGUGGGUGAGUUUUUCCUCACACUAGAGAAAGAUCCCCAGCAAGAGGAUUACCUGCAGGGCCGUAUGCUGGGAAAUCCAUAUCCUUCCCAUGAGGCAGGUCUGGGGCCGCUGAUGCGUGAUGUUAAAAACAAAAUCUGUAUCGACUGCGAGCUGGUGGCUUUGCUGGACGACGACAAUGGUAUGGAGUUGUUGGUUCACAACAAAAUCAUAAGCCUAGAUCUGCCGGUAAAGGAAGUGUACAAAAAAAUAUGGCUUCAAGAAGGAGGAGAACGAGACAGUAUGCGAAUCGUCUAUCGAAUGCGAGGUUUGCUUGGUGAUGCGACCGAAGAGUUUAUAGAGACGCUAAAUGCCAAGAGCCAAGAGGAGGUUGACAACGAACAAUUGUACCGGAUGGCGAACGUGUUGGCGGACUGUGGAGGGCUGAAGGUGAUGUUAGAACGCAUCGGAAGCUUACAGAACGUGUCGAAAUCACGCACCUUGCUGCAGGUUCUGUUGAAAUUGUUCCUGCUAAGCGUAAAGGUGUCUCGUUGCCAGGAGGUACUCUGCCAACCGGAACUGGGGGCCAUAAACACGCUCUUGAAGGUGUUGCAAUUGUGUCUGCAAAGCAGUGAGAGCGAUACGCAACAGUCUGCCGUAACGGAGCAAUUGUUGGAGAUCAUGGAAACGAUUUUGUCCAAGGCUGCUUCCGACACCUUGGACACGUUUUUGCAAUUUUCACUUACGUUCGGAGGCCCGGAGUACGUGCAAGCACUACUAUCGUGCACCAAUUGCUCAAACGUUCGGUGCAAUCCCUCAGUACUGCGACACCUGAUCCGUGUGCUUGCGGCUCUAGUGUACGGAAAUGACAUCAAGAUGGCGCUCCUGUGUGAACAUUUCCGUUCCGUGCUCGAUUUCGAUCGAUUCGAUGCGGAACGUAGUGCCGAGGAAGAGUUCAAGAUGGAGCUGUUCUGCGUACUGACCACCGGUAUCGAGCAUAAUUCCAUCGGCGGGACGCUGAAGGACUACAUCAUGAGCUUGGAAAUUGUGGAGAAAGCACUCAACUACAUCAAGUCACAUGCACCGUGUGUGAAACCGACGCUGCUCCGCACCGACUCGGACGAGUUGAAGGAAUUCAUAUCGCGAGCCUCACUCAAGUACAUCCUCCGUUUCCUUACCGGUCUAGCGACAAAGCACGAAGCGACGCAGCUAGCAGUUGCGCAGGAUAUAAUUCCGAUCAUCCAUCGUCUGGAACAAGUGUCAAGCGACGAACACGUCGGAUCGCUUGCUGAGAAUCUGCUGGAGGCACUGUGCACUGAACCGGCGACGGCGAAGCGAGUCCAAGAGGUGCGUGAUUUUACGCGUGCUGAGAAAAAGCGGCUUGCAAUGGCGACCCGGGAGAAACAGCUGGACGCACUCGGAAUGCGUACGAACGAAAAGGGACAGGUUACAGCGAAGGGAUCAAUCCUCUCGCAGAUUGAGAAACUGCGCGAAGAAACGGGCCUGGCGUGUUUCAUAUGCCGCGAAGGAUACGCCUGCCAACCGAACAAGGUGCUCGGCAUCUAUACCUUUACCAAGCGUGCCAACGUGGAGGAGUUUGAGAUGAAGCAAAAGAAGACGAUCGGUUACACUACGGUAACACAUUUCAACGUCGUGCAUGUGGACUGUCACAUGAACGCGAUCAGAUUGGCCCGAUCGCGUGACGAGUGGGAAAGUGCAUCGCUACAGAAUGCAAACACACGCUGCAAUGGAUUGCUUCCUUUGUGGGGGCCAGAUGUGAGCGAAUCUUCAUUCUCGUCGUCGAUGGCACGCCACAACAACUACAUGCAGGAAUGCACGCAACGAUGUGAAAUCACCUUUGCUAGCUCGAUGCACGACCUGAAGCUGCUAGUGUGGCGUUUUGCACAGGAAAAAAGCUUCCACGAGGAUGCGGGUGGUGGUGGACCACAGUCGAACAUGCACCUGGUAGCAUAUCUGCUCUUCUAUGGACUGUACACGUUGCUCUCGUCUCGUUCUUACUCGCGAGAAGAGAUGAUACUCAGUGGUUUCAUUGGCCACAAACCCUCGGAACGUUGGUUGGAGUGUGCGUAUGAAGCGGAAGGUCCACUGUAUCUGCUAACCAUGUCAUUGGCUUUGCAUACGCCCGACUUGUGGUCACGCCAUAAACAGGUGCAUCUGCAGCGACUGAUUGCGAUCGCUCAGGCUCGUCACGUUAGCCCAAACACGGUUUGCAAAUUUUUGGCACCAGCCGACAAGCGCCCAAAGGAUUACACCAUCUAUAAGCCGUAUCUGAUGUUCUGGGGACUGAUCGAUUUGAUCUAUCGCAACUUUUUCCGCACCGUUGGGACGCCGAAGGAUGAAGACUGGCCGAUCUCACUAUUUAACUACAUUCGCCGAAACGAUGAGUCGUUGCUUAAGACGGCUGACACUACGUUGCAAACAUUCACCGAAGAAUAUCUACCGUGUGCUUCGUUUGGUGAAUUUUGCGAUGUGGCAGGACUGCUUGGAGACAUCGAGAAUCCUGAUGCUUGGAUGGAAGAGCUACUGCAAGCGUUACCUUCACCGGGCGGAUCAUCUGCAGCUGCCGGCUCGAGUGCUGCAGGCCCAAGUGGCGGAACGGGUUCCGGAGCGACUGCAGGAUCCAGUAAUACGGAUUAG